AUGAAAAUGAAACCCCCCACCACAACCACCCUCUCAAUCAUCCUCCCCCUCCUCCCCCUCACAACCGCAACCGCAACCGGAACAGGAGCAAAAUGCUACGCCCCCGACGGCACCCUCGUCCCCAACACCAUCUACCAACCCUGCAUCUCCAUCUCCGGCGUGCAUUCAAUGUGUUGUCGUCUGAACGCCGCAAACCCCGAGUCUUGUGAUCCGUCCGGUCUAUGCUUAUCCACAGCCCAAUCUACCAGCACCGGCACAACGAGCACAACCUACUACCGAGAAUUCUGCACCGAUUCGUCCUGGAACUCUACAAAUUGCCUUUCAAGAGAUAUAUGUAGUAGUAGGAACGGGGGCAACUCCAACUGGAGUAACCAACUCACGCCCUGCGGGAAUUCUCUCUGGUGUUGUGGGAGUACCAAUGCGUGUUGUUCCUCCGGGGCGGCGUUUAAGUUGAAUCGAACGUUGAUUGAUUUCUUGGAUGAAAGUGCGAGUGGAAGUGGUAGUGCCACUGCCUCGGUCAGUACAGUUACUGUUGUUCCGACGGGGGAAGGGGUCAGUAAGGGCAUGGAGGAGAUGGAUGGGGGGUUGUCACAUAAGGCGAAGAUUGGGGUUGGGGUGGGUGUUGCCCUUGGAGGGUUGGUGUUGGGGUUGGUGGGGGUCGGGGUUGGGUUUUUCUGGGGGAGGAAGAGGAAUCAGGGGGGGGAGAGGGAGGGGAGUGUGAGGUUGGAGAAGCCGAAGGGGGUUAUUGGUGGUGGUGGUGCUGCUGGAGAUGGUGGGGAUGAGGAUGGGAAUGGGAGUGUUAGUAGUAAGACGCCUUGUUUGGAGGUUGUGAGGUGUGGGUAG